AUGUCUCUUGCUCUAUUGGCUUCAAGACAUCUCUUUCGUAAGGCUGCUUGCGUCAAUUUCGCCUCAGUCAAUGCAUGCAGGACUUUGGUUAGCACCGCUAACAAUAGGGCAAAAUUGGGGACUGCUCCUACGCCAGUAACUUCUGGCCUUCUUCCAUCUCAGCACUGGACUAUCGAGCGUGUUAUUGCUGUUGCUAUGCUUCCAAUGUAUCCUAUUGCCAUUAUUUACGAGCCUUACGGAUUCGAGCAUCUUGUGACGCUCUCUGUUACUCUUCAUGCUUACUGGGGUUUUGGUGGCGUUCUCCGCGAUUACCUUAUGGAACGUAGAUAUGGCGCCCUUCUCCCCAAGGUUAUGCAAAUUCUCUGGAAAGUUAUCUGCCUUUGCGGAUUCGCCGGGUUUACAUAUUUCAACAUAAAUGACAUCGGCGUCAUCAAGGGUGUUAAAAAGCUUUGGUCCAUCUAA